AUGAUAGCCUCCGCCAACAAAGAACAGCACCAUCCUCUCAUCGGAAGAGAUCGCAGGUCCGGAGCCGAUGCCAGCUACAUCGUUACCCGGCUUCACAGAGAUGACUUGACCGUGCGCUACAGCUGCUGCGAGCGACUUCCACUGCCAGAACGCAGCGACCGGUACGGGUUGGACGCCAAAUUGCGAUCCCUCGACUUGUCCGCGCAGCAGGUUGAACGGAAUGCCCUCGGAUUCUGGAUCGUAUGGCUUUGGCGAAGGCGCUCGGCCAAGGGUAUCGGCGUCGGUCGAAGUGUGAAGGGAUGUGGCCUCUGCUGCCCGGUCGACAAAGCCUUUGUCUGUUCCAUUGCGGAAUGCGGCGACAUUCGUUGCCGGAGCCCGUUUCCGCAUGCCGUCAUUGUCAUUGCCGUUGCCAUUGCUGUGGCUGCUCGGCUUCGUUACCGUACCAUUGCCAUUUUGACCGGAGCCAGUAGGCAGAGGAGGCAGUGUGACUCCUUCAGCUUCUAUACACCAUCCUUCAUGACCUCUGCCGAAGAGCCACUUGCUUGCUCUCGGUAG